AUGUCCCUCAACGAGAUUAGGGGCCGAUUAGCCCUAAUUACCGGCGCAUCGGGAGGAAUCGGAGCAGCUUGUGCGCACCAGCUCGCACAGCAUGGCGUCCAUCUAGCCCUGACAUACUCAUCCAACCUGACCGCGAUGAACGGGCUCGUGGCAGAGUUGCAAUCCAAAUACGCGGACAACAAGCUCUGCAUCUCAACCCACAAAGUUGAUGUCGCCUCAGCCGACGAGAUUGAGACCAUGUUUCAACAGAUCGACGCCCAGCAUGGCCACCGACCCGACAUUCUCAUCUCGAAUGCGGGACAUGGCAAACGAAUCCCCAACGUAUGGGAUAUUUCGCUGGAAGAGUUUGACUAUACUUUGAACGUCAACCUCCGUGCCUCGUUUAUUCUUGUCAAGGGUGUGGUAGAGCACAUGAAGAGCCAGAAUUGGGGGCGCAUUGUGUUUAUGUCCUCGAUUGCGGCAUACGGUGGUGGAAUAAACGGAUGCCACUACGCCGCCUCUAAGGGUGGACUCACCGGCAUGAUGAAGAACCUCUCUACUCGCUUGGCUGAAUUCAAUAUCAGCGUCAAUGACGUCGCACCCGCCAUGAUUGGCGAGACAGGGAUGAUCCCCAACGCCGCCGCCAUCCCCGAGGUUGCGGCUGGUAUCCCGCUUCGUCGGUUGGGCACCCCUGAAGAGACGGCGAAUGUCGUGACGAUGCUGCUGACCACGGGGUACAUGACGGGCCAGAGCCUGCUGCUGGCCGGGGGGUUGAAAUGA